CUGUCAGCAACAUAACAUAUGCGCAGCAAUUUGGUGCUACAUUGCCAGAUCAGUAGGUUUUUUUAAUGAAAAGUGCCCCCUUGUAAGUGUAAUUUAUUUAAAUAACUCAAGGAUCACCCACAUUGGACUUAAAGAUGCAUUUAAAUACUAAAGACUCCCUAACAAUUCAUGCUCUAUCGCAUUUAAUGCUUUAAAACUGUUGUAGUGGCAAUGCUGCACAACUGUGACGUUCCCGUCGCUGUCUUUCAAGUGACAGCGACGGCACAGCUGAUAGUGACAGCUAUUUGUUUACAAACAAACCCACUCAUAAAACCAAUCUUAUACAUAAAAACAAGGCGAGUAUUUACGAAUGUUUAGGCCAAAACUCGCCUAAAAAAAUGAAGAAAAUCACCUUCGGGAAAAUCAGCUCGAAUUUCGGGCAAAAUGCUUCGGCCCCAACAGGUACUAUUGGUACUUUCGGGCCCCCAAAGGCCAUCGAGGUCCUGGAGGACGACAGGGAGGCCCAGCAAGUGAAAGAGGUGAUGGGCAUCACCAGUUUCGGUAAAAAAGCGAAAAGCUUCGAUAUCCAGGAGAUGAUGAGCCAAGUGAAGGCCACUGCUCGGGAGGUGACCAAGAAGCCCCUGGAGGAUAAACCUUUAGAGGAAUCCUCUUCGGAGGAUGAUGAUAGUAGUGAGGGGGAGAGUGAUGGUGACCUCAUUGGGCCUCCCAUUCCAAGCACUAUGCCUGAAAAACCAGUAAAAAGUACUAAAAAGAGUGUUGAGGAUUCAGAUGCUGAUGAAGAUGAUGAUGAUGACGACAGUGAGGUGGAAGAAGACGAGCAUUUCUUGCCUGUCAGUGAAAAUACCACCAUGAGACACGGAUUAAAAGCCGUAACCGCUUUGACUGUGGACCAUAGUGGGGCCAGACUAGCAUCAGGCUCAGUAGACUAUGAUGUUAGUUUUUGGGAUUUUGCUGGGAUGGAUUCGAGUCUCAGAAGUUUCCGCACCCUACAGCCUUGCGAAAAUCACCCCAUUCGCCAUCUACAUUACUCCAGCACCGGUGAUCUUUUGCUGGUCAUUUCUGGGGCUAGACAGGCCAAAGUCGUUGACAGGGACGGAUUUGAAAAGCUGGAAACUGUUAAGGGGGACAUGUAUAUUACGGAUAUGGCCAGGACUAAGGGACAUACAGCCGCUCUGCUUGCUGGACAGUUUAAUCCUUGCGUUAAGGAGGAGUUCUUGACAACUAGUUCAGAUGGUACGGUCCGCACCUGGGACUUCUACCAGGAGGGCAAACAGCACAAGCAAAUCAUAAAGUGUCGCGCGCAGAACGGCCUCAAGGCCUCCCCCACCGCGGUCGCGUACAACCGCGACGGUAAAGUGAUCGCGUGCGGCUGCGCGGACGGGUCCGUCCAACUGUGGGACUUCCGCAAGAGUUCGGUGGCCCCGGCCGCGCAGCUGCGCAGGGCGCAUCAGCCCGUCGAGAUGACCGCGAUCAAUUUCUCGCACGUCGGCGACCACUUGGUCACGCGCAGCAUGGACGAAACGUUAAAACUGUGGGACGUGCGCAGCCUGAAGGCGCACCUGAACCAAAUCGGUGGGUUGUUCGCGCGUUACGACACCACCGACGCCAUCUUCAGUCCGAACGACGCGAUGGUGGUGACGGCCGUGUCUAUGCAAAAAGGGGAGAAGCACGGGCGCGUAAACGUUUAUGACCGUAAGACGUUCGGGUUGGUCAAGUCGUUACCGGUUUCGGACGGGAGCCACGCCAUCAGGGUCAAUUGGCACGCGAAGCUCAAUCAGAUCUUCAUCGGGGGCGGCGACGGACACGUCAAGUGCUACUACGACCCGAAAAAGAGUCUCAGGGGGGUCACUUUGUGCGUUGUCAAGAGCCACAGGAAGGCGCAGCAUUCGGAGGUGGUGAGCGGGCAGCAAGUGAUCACGCCGCACGCCCUCCCGUUGUUCAGGCAAGAGAGACGGAAAACCAGUCGCAAGCAGAUGGAAAAGGACAGACUGGACCCGGUCAAGUCGAAACGUCCGGACUUGCCGAUCACUUCGGGGCAGGGGGGACGGGUGGCGUCCAGCGGGGGGACGUUGAGCAGCUACGUCAUCAGGAACUUGGGGCUGAGCAAGCGGGUGAACGACGACCAGGAUCCCCGGGAGGCCAUUUUGAAGUUCGCCAAGGAGGCCGAGGAGAAUCCUUACUGGAUCGCGCCUGCGUACGCCAAGACGCAACCGAAACCCGUCCUGGAUAUGGGGACGGAGGGCAGCGGGGAGGACGACGGGGAACCCCAGGAGAAACGGAGCAAACAGUAAACUUAUUUAUUUAGAAUAAACAUUUAAUUGUCGUUA